ACGGCUGAUGAUUGACAACGCUGUACAUGAAGUUGACCAUUGACCAACAACAAUCAGCGGGAGAAACUUCCCUGUGUCAGGUUUGCUGCCUGGAUAACUUUACCAAGACGGAAACAGGGCAUAUUAGCGGCUAAAUGAUCAUAUAUUUGUGAUAAAGAAAGUUCAAAGAGUAUCAAAAAGGACACAGUAAGAUGCUGAUGAGAGUGAUUAAAUUGUGAUGGAAGCGCACCUGUUGAAGUUCGUGGAGCGGGUCCGCAGUUUGUCCGACCAUGACAGCAGUGGAGACCAACUCAUCUCCACCGAGUUCAGCUUGAUACGACGGAAAAGUGCAUCAUUGAAAGAGGAAUAUGGCCUGACAACUGUGGCAGGAGAAAUCAAAGAAAAUGUGAAGAAAAACCGCUAUAGGGAUAUUCUACCCUAUGAUCAGACCAGAGUCUGUCUAACUCCAACCACAUCUGAAUAUGAGUCUGAUUAUAUUAAUGCCAGCUUCAUCAAGGGAGCUGCUAAGAACAAGAUGUAUAUUGCCACCCAAGGCCCUGUGAGCAGCACUGUGGUUGAUUUCUGGCGUAUGAUUUGGCAACACAAUGUAAAGGUCAUAAUCAUGGCUUGUCGCGAGAUUGAGAUGGGAAAAAAAAAAUGUGAAGUCUACUGGGCAUCAACCACAGACACAUCCACUUUUGGUCCCUUUACUGUCUCAACUUUUGAGGAGUUGCGACCAAAUGAGGAAGUCGUUGUUCGGACGUUGGUGGUAAAAUAUUGUGAUGAAGCUCGUAAAGUGUUUCAUUUCCAGUAUACUGCCUGGCCGGACCAUGGAAUUCCAGACAUGCCGGAUGGCAUUCUGGGUAUGAUGGAGUUGGCUCGCCAAAAACAGAGGAACCAGACGGACCCUGUAGUGAUCCACUGCAGUGCCGGGUGCGGUAGAACCGGGGUCAUUUGUGCUGUUGACUAUGUCAAUGAUCUACUACUGACAGAGCAAAUACAAGAGGAUUUUAAUAUAUUUGACCUGAUAUUUGAGCUCAGAAGACAGAGACCUUCAGCUGUGCAGACCAAGGAGCAGUAUGGAUUUGUCUUUCAUACGGUUGCUCAGAUGUUUCAGAAGGUCUUGCAGGUGAAAAACAAGAAUACAGAGACUUCGACCCCUCUGUACAUCAAUGCGGUUUCACCAAAGGCUUCAUUGAAAUCAGGAUCAUUAGGCAGCUUCAACGUACCUUCUAAAACACGAAAUCCUCCUCUCAAGCCCAGGCUUUCUCACCCUCUUCCUCAGACCAGGAUGAACGACACUUAUGCGGUCGUCAACAAGCCAAAACUGCAGCCCCCCAGCUCUGCCCCCCAUUCGGUCACUGUUCAUCACUAUGACAAUGCUAAUUCAGAGAAAAGCAAUAAGAUCGCUGUCUACAGUGCAGUUAAACCUAAAAACAGACCUGGAUCACUUCUGCCUCCUCCCACCUCACCGGUUUAUGACAGAUUAACGUCAGCCAAUCAGAGAGGAGGACUGUCACCUAAAGUAAUGGACCAUGACGAUUAUGAGCUAUUGCCAGGGGAGUUGAGGUCCAUGAAUAGAGAUGCACAGCCACAAGGUCCUCUUUCACGAUCCCCAAGUGCAACUGGGAGCCAAUCUUCUAUAGAUGAUGAUUAUGAAUAUGUGUCUAGCGUUGUCAGGGACACCAACAGCCCAUUUGCCCCGGCCGGCCUGGGUUUCAACUGUCGCAUAAAGAAACCCAAAGGCCCACGAGAUCCACCGGCCGAAUGGAGUCGCGCAGAAAGUUGAAACCGCAACAGGUUUAGGUUUAAAAAAAGUGAACCUGAUGCACAGCUAUUUGUACACUGGGUAAUAGAGCAUCUAUUUAUUUCCUUCAGACGUUUCGCUUCU